CAGAAGAUACGAUUUAUGGAUACUGCCAGUCGUUUACAGUAACAAAUGGCCGAAAGUAUAAAUUAUAUCAUUCACCCUGGUGAAAUAGAAACCUAUGUUAGCUACCUAGAACCGACUAAUAUUGAAGAACUCGGUUCAAGAAGAUGGUUCGAAAUCCACGAGAGAAUCCAAAAAUUACAUCAACAAAGUAUUUUAGAAGCCGGUGAGAUGCGCGAAGAAACGGUGAAAGAUACGUUGAUAUCCUACGGUAAAAUACCUGUCCUUGUUUAUGAAAUAAUCUGCAUAUCUGUUUGGAAAGAGAAGAUUAUACCACGGUUAUUGUCUAUUGAACCAAACCCAGGAAAUACUUUUAUGGCAUACACUAUUUUAUUCCAUGAGGCUUCAAUAAUUGGCUUAUUAGAAACAAUUCUGUAUCACACAGACAGCUGUGUGGCUUUAGAAGACAGCUGCAUUGAUUUAAUUGAUUACUGCAUAUGUUCAAUUGUGUGCCUCAACACUGUAAAGGAUUUUUUCCCACCUGCCAGAGAAAUACUAACAAAAAGUAAUGCAGAGGAAUUAAAAACACAAAAGAAAGAACUAGCAUUUGAGAUAGGAUUACGAUGUAUUUCCAUACUUCGAUACAUAAUUGAAAAUCUAGACAGUUUGCCAAUCAGCGCAACAUCAAGAGUAUUUGAGACCCAUGAUAUUCCACUACUGCUUCUAAACCUCAUUGAAACGACUCCAUGGCAAAGAGAGGAUAAGGAUGGAACAACAAUUAAAUAUAUUGAUGGAAGUUGGAAGAAGGUGAAAGAUGAUGACAAAAUGAAACUUACUCGAAUUGAAGGUAUAGUAUGGCUAACACUCAGACAAUUACUCCUGGAUCCAAAAUGUCCAACAUAUUAUGAUAUGAAUGAGUACCGUAAACAACAACUACUGAAGCUUCAAGGUUAUUUACACGAUGUCUUGGUUGAUCAGCUGUCACCUCUCUCAGAGCUACAAUAUUGGCUGAGUCAUAUUGCAGUAUCACAGGUUCCCCCCACUGGCAAAAAACCACUAAUAUUAGAAGUUCUGCCACAGAUCAGAGAAUCUUUACUGAGAAGAAGUGAAACUCAAUGGAAAAGAAUAGCUCAAAGACAAGUUAAAGUUCUAUUUCACUGCAAGCAAGGUGAUAUGGCUGAAAUUGCUAAGAGGCUUAGUUCUGCCUACGAUCCAGAAACACUUGAGAAACUCGCUGGUACUGCACCAACAUGUGCCGAAUGUGGAGAACGUGCUGCUAAAAAGUGUUCACGUUGCAAAGCUCUCUGGUAUUGUGGCCGGGAAUGCCAAGUAAAAAACUGGCCAACACACAAAACUACAUGCAAUAAACUUUCUGAAUCAUUCCAGAAAUUGAGUGUGAAUUAAUUGCAGGUAUCACCACUGCAACAAAAGUAAAUGCUUUACCUUGUAAUUUGCAUAUACUAACAAAAUAUGUUUUCAACCAAACAGCCACAGAUGGGCUGCUACGAAGACAUUUUACAUGCCAUUUAUUUAGCAGGAUUUUUGGUGUAGCAAUGAAAUAAAAUGCAUUUUUUUGUUUUGUUUUAAUACAUCCUUUGUACAAAAAAAUAUUUUAUGGUUCUCUCGUUUGCUUAAGAUAUUCUUUCAGGACAUCAUAUGCUUGAGUCUCUUCACCGUAAUCCUGAAACAAAAGGUUUGUGCACUGAAAAGUACAUACUUUUUGCUUAACAUAGAUACAUAAGACAUAAUUAUCAAAUACUUCAGAAAGGCUUUCACAGCACAUUGUAUAUAUUUGGGUAACACCUCAGAAGAGGGAGCCGCCUUCAGAUCAUCAUUUCAUUAUACCUUACUGUAUUUCUUUAUGUACUAAGUAUGGUGAUUAAGUGCUUGUAAUGGCUCUAACUAAUGUAAAUUUACUGAAUCAAUAAAAAAACCACAACA